CCCGUUCGAACACUAAUGGCUUCCGCCAUCGCGAAAAAGCGAAGGCCGGCUGCAAAGGUCAGUUCCAAGAAAGCUUCGAAGAUGACGACAUUCUUUGGCCGAUGGCCGGGCGACACGCAAGGCGCUCCUAAGCGUAUCGGAGCCCGAGGCCUUCCCCACGGCACUGUCCUUGGCACAUGCCACGGCGUUGAUGGAUACAACUGCAACUACCGCAACAUGGUCGAUGACGACAGCGACGGAUCGCAUUAUCUCAAUGGCUUGUACACAGGUGCCAAGUGGCAGUGUGUUGAGUAUGCGCGGCGGUACUGGAUCAUCAACAGAAGGCUGUACCUGCCGAGCAUCCCACACGCAGCGCAUAUUUGGACCCGCGUGACCCACGUCGGCAGUCUCGACAACCCGCACCGCCGCGUCGCGCUGCAAAAGCUGCCCAAUUUUGGAACAGACAAACCCAUCGUGGGAGACUUGCUCGUGUACAAGUCGACGCCAGGCCAGUACGUCGGUCAUGUGGCUGUGGUGGUGGACGUGCUGGAGAAAACGGAAGGCUUAUGGGUGGUCCAUGUAGCCGAGCAGAACCAGUACAACGACCGAUUGUGGAAGGGGGGGCACUACUCGGACGAGCUCACGCUGAACAUUUCUACCCGCGGCAACCAUACCACCUACGGCAUCACGCACAAGGACACGGAUCUGGUCUUGGACGGGUGGAUUCGGCCUGUGCAAGGGCAAUGACGUGGCAGCCUAAGCGUGCGGUGCAAGGUCGUCGUAGCCAUGUAGAACAUACUGCCUGUAACCUCAAAAUGAAAGCAAAACGUCGCUGAAAUAUCACGCGUUUACUCUGCC